CAAAAUGUCAAAACUGUCCAAAAAAAUCCAACUAUUCGAACUCAAUUUCUCUCUCUUCUUCCCCCAAUCCCAAUCACAAAAAAGACAAAAUCUCAGUUCAUGAUUUUGCUGAAAUUUAACAAAUCAGGAUUCCAACCUUGCCAAUCCGAUGAAACCCAAAUUGGGAAUUUUGGUGUUGAUGUUAUUGUUGGUCUCAGUUUUUACUUCCAUAGCUGAAUCCAAGUGUAGUAAAGGAUGUGAUUUGGCUUUAGCUUCAUACUACGUGUGGAAUGGCUCAAAUCUCACAUUCAUAUCUCAAAUGUUGCAGUCUGACCUUAAUAUCAUCCCUAAUACAAUUGUCAGUUACAACAAGCUAACGGUAGCCAAUCAAGACAGUGUUAAAGAUGAUACAAGAGUCAAUGUUCCAUUCCCAUGUGAUUGUAUCGACGGCGAGUUUCUGGGUCACGUGUUUGAUUACUCGGUUCAUUCAGGGGAUACGUACUCGACGGUGGCUCAAGAUUGGUAUGCAAAUCUGACCACUUAUCAGUUGUUGCAGAAUUAUAAUAGCUAUGACCCCAAUCAUAUACCUGAUACCAAUGCCAAGUUGAAUGUCACGGUCACAUGUUCCUGUGGCGAUAGCUCGGUUACGAAGGAUUACGGUUUGUUUAUUACUUAUCCGCUUCAGCCAGGGGACACUCUGGAAUCGAUUGCAUUGGCUACGAAUUUUAAUGUAACGUUGCUGCAGAGUUAUAACCGGGGAGUGAAUUUCAGCCAAGGAAGUGGUGUGGUGUAUAUCCCUGGCAAAGAUCAGAAUAAUACUUAUCCAGCUAUGCCACCAAGCAAAAGCGGAUUAGCAGGUGGAGCUAUAGCUGGCAUAGCUAUAGGAGGAGUAGCUGGUGUCCUGUUACUUGCCGCUUGUAUAUAUUUUGGAUGUUACCGAAAGAAGAAGAUGGAGGAAGCAAAGUUGCUCUCAGCAGCAUCUGAGGAAUUUUAUGCUCAAAAUGGGCAAGGCCCUGGAAGUGCCUUGGAUAAAGAUGCUGAAUCAACUGGUGCUGCUGGUGGUCCAGCUUCAGGUCUUGCAGGCAUAACUGUGGACAAAUCAGUAGAGUUCUCUUAUGAAGAACUUGCCACAGCUACUGAUGACUUCAGCCUGGCUAAUAAGAUUGGUCAAGGUGGUUUUGGGGCUGUCUAUUAUGCAGAGCUGAGAGGCGAGAAAGCUGCAAUCAAGAAGAUGGAUAUGCAAGCAUCUAGAGAAUUUCUUGCUGAAUUAAAGGUGUUAACACGUGUUCAUCACUUGAACCUGGUGCGGUUGAUUGGAUAUUGUGUUGAGGGUUCUCUUUUCUUAGUCUAUGAAUUUAUCGAGAAUGGCAACUUAAGCCAACAUUUGCGUGGAUCAUCAGGGAGGGACCCAUUGCCAUGGUCUACUAGGGUGCAAAUUGCCCUUGAUUCAGCCAGAGGUCUUGAAUAUAUCCAUGAGCAUACUGUUCCUGUUUAUAUCCAUCGUGAUAUUAAAUCAGCAAAUAUAUUGAUUGACAAGAACUUCCAUGGAAAGGUUGCAGAUUUUGGAUUAACUAAACUGACUGAAGUUGGAGGUGCAUCACUCCCCACACGUCUAGUGGGAACAUUUGGAUACAUGCCUCCUGAAUAUGCUCAGUACGGAGAUGUUUCUUCCAAAGUAGAUGUAUAUGCCUUUGGGGUUGUCCUUUAUGAACUUAUUUCAGCCAAGGAAGCUGUGUUCAAGGAUAAUGGUUCUGCUCAUGAAUCCAUGGGCCUUGUUGCUUUGUUUGAAGACGUUUUUAGUCAGCCCAAUCCUAGAGAGGACCUACGUAAAGUAGUUGAUGCUCGGCUUGGAGAUGACUACCCACUUGACUCAGUAUGGAAGGUGGCCCAGCUUGCCAAAGCGUGUACACAAGAGAAUCCGCAACUACGGCCAAGUAUGAGAUCUAUUGUGGUUGCCUUAAUGACACUUUCAUCCGCAACUGAGGAUUGGGACGUCGGCUCCUUUUAUAACAAUGAUGCUCUAGUCAAUCUAAUGUCUGGGAGGUAGAACCUAGUUACUGCAAUCUUCAUGGUAGAAUGUAGAUGCAUUGCGGAAAUUUUUUUUUGGUGUGAAUAAUACCAAUAUUAAGUUAUUCCAGAAAUAUACUGUAAAUGCUUAUAGUUGAGAAUUAUGAAGGGUUUGUAAAUCGUAUACGUUUGUUUAAUUAAUAUAAAUGCUAGGCUUGCUAGCUGAUCUUGGCUAGUUGGUUUCUCAUAAAA